AUUCUGUUGCGGAAGUAAACCGGACGUGACGCAAACAACGACUUGAACCAUGCUUGAAUGGAGGUGACCUUAGUUAUCAUCAACUUGUGAAGUAAAGGAACUUGGGGUGGACAUUACAAGUCAGUCCAGUCUGGUUUAGAUUCUAAACGUGAGUAUUAGUGAAGACUUCGCUGUGCGAGCAGGACGAACUGAGAUGGCAGAGGCACACCAGGCACGUGUGCACAGUGUGGUGGAAGAAAUGGUCCAAAGCCUGGAGAGGGACAACAUCCGUGUAAUGCAGGGUCGCAUGUUCAGCUGCAGUGCAGACUGCUGUGAUCGUCCCACGGACUCCAUGUCGGUGGUGCAUCGUUGCAUCGAGAGGUGUCACACGCCUCUGGCCCAAGCUCAGGGACUGGUCACUUCAGAGCUGGAGAAGUUUCAGGACCGUCUGAGCCGAUGCACGAUGCACUGCAAUGAUAAGGCAAAGGAUCUGUUUGACUCCGGCGCUAAAGAGCCAGCUGUUCGAUCCAUGAUGGACAGCUGUGUGGGCAGUUGUGUGGACGACCACAUAAACCUGAUCCCCAGCAUGACCCGAAGAAUCAAAGAUAAUUUGAACUCUAUACAGCAGUAAGGAGAGGGAUGGAUGACUAGUCCGUCCUGCAGACUCAGUCUAAGGUCAUUACACAUGCAGAAGCAAAGGGUCACCCAACUCAGCCAGUCUGACCAGUAGAAUAGAGGUCUGUAAUACCAUGAAAGAAUGGAGAGUGAAGUUUAACAUGGAUUGUGUGAUACAAAAGAGUUUUGACAAGUUCUCGCGGCUAUGACUGAAUGCUGCUGUUGUGGAGGUUUAAAACUCCCCACUGAGAUUUGUUAUCUUACUAUGUGUAAUCCACAAACUAGAAUCUCCCUGUAAACUGGGAACUAAAAGUUUUGCUGGGUUCAUGUUUGGAAAACGCAUUCUCGUUUAUGAACAAGACGCCAACUCAAACACGCAUUGAAGAAGAGAAGUGUGCAUUAACAAAGAUAAAUAGGAAAAACUCACUCAGUAUAUAUCUGAGUAUCACAUUUUAAAAUGCCAGAAUAGAGUGCACCACCGACGGUCCACAUGUGUAUCUAUUCUUGCAUUUUGAAUGUACUCAAUGUUCAACUCCUCGGUCAUAUUUGAUUUCUGAAGUUUCUCUCCGGUAUGAGCCUUCUCGUUCUUUAUUUUUUUGUCAUUUCAUUGUUGAGUUCUGUGAUUGUUUGACCUCACGAUGAUAUUUGUUUAUAUCUGUAUUAAAAUUAUUGUAGAUGAA